AUGUCGCAUGACUGGGAGUCGCAUCUUGUCCAAUCCUUUGCAUACUCCUCGAAGGUCCUGAUGCCAAACCUACGAUAUCUUAGUGGUGCAUUUAUGUUGCAUCUGCUGCGCCCACUACUUGGCCCGCGUCUGCAGGAUAUCUCUAUUGACCGUGUCGUCGAAUCUGGGAAGGAUAACUUUUCAGAGAGGACUUCGUUGCACGUGGCCUUACAGACUUUAUACUCAUGCUGUCCUUCCCUGGAAAAUUUUCGUUUUGGUACCUAUGACGAGAUGCGUGGCAGCGUAAUUACAUGGGAUGCGCACACUGCUAGGGCAGCUUCACAUUCCAUUAAAAAAUUGCGGAAGCUGCGUACAGUCGCUGUACCGGCUAUUACCAAAGAUGCCCUGGCGCACCUGGGCCGCCUCUCAUGUCCAACCAGCCUGGAGACACAUCUGCCCACCGGAAGUGAUCUCGAAGAUGUCUUCAGAUCAUCCCGCACCCUCCUUCCCUUCGAGAACCUUCGAGGUGUUGUUUGGGACAUUGACAACUGGGCAGAUGUUGAAGUUUUUAUACGUAUUUGGUCUCAUACACUCACCGAGUUGUCACUUCGAUCCAAGGUCCACUUCGAUCCAGGCCUCCUGGAGAUAAUGCUUGAGUCGUUCCAUACGCGCGAGGCUUUCAAGUAUCUGCAGUCCAUACACUUCAGCGAACUCUCUCUGUGUCAACUCAUACCCACCAUAAUUAUCACGAUCAACACCAUACGUCCGCUCUUCCACCUCAAUCACCUUCGAGUUGUUUAUUUCAAUACGAGAUCCUCCAUUUGGGUUGACAACAAUGACUUGAAGAGAGCGGCCGAAGCCUGGCCUUGUCUGGAGGAGUUUUCUCUCAACGACCCAUAUGGGUGUCAUAAUCCCACGCCAGGGGUCACACUACCCGGUCUCAUUGAAUUCAUCGAGCUAUGCCCUCGCUUGACAACACUCUGCAUUGGAAGUAUUACACUCGCUGGUGUGGAUAUGGGGCCACUGGAUUCUGACGAGGGCUUUCACAUGGAUAACGUCGAGCCGUGCCGCUCGAGUAUUCUAGAACUUCUCGCGCUGAGAUAUCCGAGUCCCUACGCUCAAGAACGUCACUAUGAUUCUACGUGGAGAGACCGUUUGAUGUUUUUCUUUGAAGGACUUUUCCAGGCUUCGCGAGACGUAUACCUCUUCCUUGAUAGUGAAAAAGCAUAGCGAAUGGAUGACGUUCUAUUCUGUCUCGAUCAAUAUCCAGAAUCUGGAUCUUUAUCGAGGUAUCCCUUUGGCCGAUUACAGCCCUGAAUCUGGGAUACAUUUCGUCUG